GAAAACAAAACCAUUGUCCAUGUCCAUUGAUAACAUGAACUAGAAUUUGAUUAGAAUAUCUUUAAUUCUUUAAUAUUAUUAAUGUAAAAUUAGAACCUGUGGUUAAAAUAAUUAUUGAUAUUGGUGCUGGUUAGAAGCUAAAGUAGUUUUAAUGGCUUCUUCCGACAUAAAAUUCGCCCCGUACAGAAAAUGUUGUCGUACUUGUUUGAAAGAAGAUUCUUUGAUGUUUGAUCUAUUUCUUGAAAGAAUAGAAUCCUCAGGCACCAACAUAGCUGAUAUGCUUAUAUCAUGCUCCAAAUUAAACAUACGAAAGGAUGAUUUCCUUCCAAAUCAAAUAUGUAGGUACUGCUUCAAAUCCCUCUUAGCUUUUUCACACUUCAGCAUAAUGGCACAAAAGGCUGAAAACAAACUCAAAGAAGCAAUGUUAAUAAACAAUGAAAUCAAAGAAAAUCAUUCUUCUGAUGAUGAUGAAAUAGAAGUCAAAAGGGAAAAUGUUGAUCAUGAAAACAUAUUUUUCGAAACUUGUGAAGAUUAUUUUGAAAAUGACAGCAUAAGUGUAGAUGAAAAUAAAAAUUCUGAACUAUAUAAUGAAGAGCUUAAACUGGAAAACUCAAAACUGAAUUGUGCUUAUUGUAAAAAACAUUUCAGUAAACUAUCUAAACUGAAACUACAUGAAGAAACAUGUACUGAAACAAAACAGAAUAGGAAUGGUCUACCUUUAACAAUGAAUGAUGAAAGUUUAGAUUUAAGUGUAAAGAAUGAAUCAAACAAUAUAGAUUUGACAUGUGAUAUUUGUUCUUCAGGAUUUGAAUCAAAGGACUUGUUAUCAGCACAUAUAAAAAGUCAUGGAGAGAAAGAUCGAAUGUACUCUUGCGAAGAAUGUAACAAAGUAUUUAAGAAAAAUAGCCAUUUAAAAAGACAUAAAACAAUUCAUAAAGACAAAUUUCCACAUGUUGAUCCGUUAAAUAUAAUUACACCUAAAGAAAACGUGGAUACAAAUAUAUUAUGUGAACCAAAGGAUGAGUUCAAAUGCAGCAAAUGUCUGUUAGCAUUCAAGAGUAUUAACUCACUCUCUGCUCACAUGAGGAAGCAUACAGAGAAAGGUCGAAUUUUAUCUUGCAAGGAAUGCAAUAAAGUGUUUAAAAAGCUCAGUCAUUUAAAACGACAUGAAAUACAACAUGGGAUUAACUGUCCGUUCAAAUGUAACGUUUGUCCAAAAGCAUUUCCAACGAAAGAUGCCUUAGAAGAACAUGUAAAUAAACACAGAGGGGUAAAACCUCACGGAUGCCCGGUUUGUGAUAAGAGAUUCUCUCAUUUGUCAACAUUAACGACCCAUAUAAAAUUACACACUCUUGAAAAAGUGUACUUAUGUCCGUAUUGUGGUAAAAAGAUGAACUCUAGCACGAAUUUGAAACAGCACAUGAUGAGACAUACUGGAUUGAAGAAAUUUGCUUGUACAUUUUGUCCUAAAAGAUUUGUCAGCAAAGGGGAACUAAAAUCGCACACAGUCACGCAUACCGGGGAACGGUCGUCCACUUGCGAUCAGUGUGGAGCUACCUUUACCAAGAGCAGCUCACUGACCAAGCAUAAAAUACGACAUUUGGGCUUAAAGCCACAUCAGUGUGGAACCUGUUUAAUGAGAUUCUCUUGCAAAGAUCACUUGAAAAGGCAUUACCGCAUUCACACUGGCGAAAAGCCGUACAAGUGCGACUUGUGUGAGCGCGCCUUUACCCAGAGCAACGAUCUAGUGAAACAUCGCCGCUCACACUUGGGAGACAAGAUAUAUAAAUGCUCCCAAUGUACGGAGAGUUUUCGUCUCAACGCGGAGCUGCGUCAACACAUUUCGGAGCACUUUAUAACCUCUCAAUCACAUACAGUGAAUGCUUCCAAGGAGCCGCCGAUAGAUAGCGCUGGUAAUAAGGACUUUUUGAAACCCCCCUCUGCUGUAAUCGGGACCAAUAAUGAUGAUAUUACACAAACAAAUAAUUCUAAUGAAAUGUGAUUGCCUCUAUGGCUUUUUGACUUUUA